AUGACGUUGAGGUCAACAGGCUUCCCCCCUCUGAAGCAGCCAUCUCACAAGGUACUUGACACUUGGGGUGCGCGAACUCUCGAGCGUCUUCGCCUUCCAUGGUCGGCUGCGGCCACUUUGACGCCUCGCCAGCUUUUUUGCCGUUGCGCUGCCGUCGUUGGCGCGCCCGCUGCAUUUCGAGCACCGCAUGCUACCUCGCUAGUUGGGCGGAACCUCCGCAUACCAUCACAAACCUCGGAUGGUGGACAAAGACACUAUCAAGAGACGGGUGCCAAGCAAUGCCGUCUCUCGCUUGCUCAGCAUCGCUUCGCACCUGGCACUCAUGGCUUCCAUUAUUUCACGCAGCGCUUCAACGGGCUAGCACCAAUCCUUGCAGGAGCGCAACUGGACAUCCCCGUCCCCGUGAUCUGGGGUAGGAAAGCCGGUCACGGCAGGCUCAGAGACUUGUCACGCGCGUAUCCGCUGAAGGAUGGACAUGAGUGUGUGUCGGUGUCGGUACCUGGCGGAUCGUCGGUGGUCCGGCAGGGCUUGGAAAUGUUCGCCUUGUCACCUCAUUUGCUGGCCGUCCUCCAAGCUCCGUGGAAUGCCCAGCGAAACCUAGCACCACGGAACUCUGGGAUGGCAUUAGACGUGAAGCUCCAGAGAACCAAAUCCUGGGUCAUUGUGCCCUUCUUCUGCUGCUUUUGUGGGGUCGCUAUCUUAUCUCGUAUGGAUAGAGAGCCUGGCUCUAACAACGGAAGAGGAGCCCUCUCAGAAACCACUCAGACUGACCGUCUCGAGAAGUUGAGCCGGACCACUUCAUCAAAUGCCGUUCGAAUGGGUCCGCUGUGUCUACCCAAGGACCAAGGUGCUAUCGAGCCCGAACCACCAGGCAUCAGAUGUAAAACGUCCCCAGCACAGUCCACAGUUCAGACUUCAGCACCGCCGGGAUCCGUCUCUUCCAAGAUCGCCCCGCCCGAGGCAAUGAUAUCUCUCGAGCAGGAAAUGAUCAGAGCUCAUCUUGGUGCCAAAUCCCAGCAAACAGAUGCUCGCUGCUCGACGCGUGCCUAUGUGCGGAUUGGCUCUUCUUGUGGCUCCGCGGGACGUUACAACCACCACGGCGACGAUAACGGUGUGGAUACAUACUUUUUGUUGACCCUCUCCACCUCCCACAUCUGCCAUCAGGCUUUUGUUCCGAUGGCUUGUCUUUUCAAGCACACACUGCGUAGGCAGGCAUCUGCACAAAGGUCCGCAGUCUCCAUUUGUUAUGGUUCCUACAUCGUCAUCCCCAGCCCAUCCAUCUCCAACUUAUCCAGUUCAGCGGAGCUCUACUUCCUUGCUCCCUUCUCCCAGCGAUCCCAGUCCCCCGUCUUCGCAGUUCUUGGUGUAAUGCCACAUAUUGUCAAUGACAAAGUUCCCCUCAUCAUUCCUAACCUCCCAAACCUGUCAGUCCUCCAAUGCAUAUGCGAUCUCCCAGGUUGUAUCCUCUCUCUCAUAUUGGUCUUCCCACCCCUUGUCCCUCUUGUCUCUGCGGCAGAAUUGCAGAUUGACCAUUCUAUCAUCUCCGUUUUGGCCCAUACGCCAUCCGUCACUUCAUGGCAAAGUUGGCCUAGUGCCGUCUUGCCGCCCUUCCGUGUCGCCGCGUUCGACUCAGUUGCCGCAACGGCGCCUUGUUCCAAAAACAAAGUCGCCGCUAACAUGCCCGGACCAGGUGACCUUGACCAAGGCCAGCAACGACGACAACAACGUCGCGAAUUGAGCCUCCACUUCCAUCAGGACUUUUUGUCGGUUUUUGCCUCCCCCGAGCGACCCCUCGGCAGCUACGCCCCGCGUACCGAACGCAACUGCGCGCCGAUCGUUGACCACGCGGCAGCUUCUCCCAUGUUUUCACAUGAACACUCGCACAACCCCCUCCCCCCUUUCUUAGAGAUCGACGCAGCCUCUUUCCCCUUUCCCCAAAGAGCCCCCUCUUUCUAUCAAAAUCAUGGCGUUUUGCUGGGUGCCUGGCAUUGCCUUGGGUUUUGUCAGAAAGGCAACCACGGAAUACCUACCAAUCCUCCAGAUUUCAGGGCCAUGACAUUGGGAUAUCAUUGCCCGAAUAGACCGCAUCGCAUGGCAGGUGGCGACUUCGGCUUCAUCCCCAUUGCGGGGAGAGAUGCAUAUGUGAUGAGAUGGCAGGCAUGGCGCUUUUGGAGGCCCGGGAGGGGGGAAGCACGGGAGCUCGGGGGCCCAGUCUACUUGGGGAUGCAGAUUGUCGUUUUCCCCAUCUUGAUGCAAAGGCGGAGGAGAGGAACCGUUCCCCCGUGCCCUCGGCGCCGCGCCAUCUAUUUGAUGCUUGACCACCUGCAAUUGAUCGAUCGAAUGUUCCUACAAGCCCAGGGAGCUUCAUUGCAUCAGAGGUGGUCUGAUCUUGCCCAAUCCACUAAUCUGGUUUCCUUAAAUCACAACCCAUUUCCUUUGCUCGCCGCCGCCGCCGCCUUCGCCGCUCAAGUCACGAGGGAUGUGAAGCAAAGACUAGUAGUACAAGUCGCCCUCCCGGUUUGGGAACAGGGUCGAGUUUUUGCGAGGUGUGCCGCCAAGGCACCAACCUCUGUGCGCAACAAAGUAACAGGUGAUGAAAAACAAAAGGCAGAAAAUAACAAGAGUGCAGCCCAGUAUCCGUUCAACGCCAAGGGUGAGGGUAUCGCCAGGUCCUCCAUGACCUCUUGGAGAUCUUCUUCCUCUUUCAAACAUUUGAAAACCGAAAAUGGACAAGAAUGUGCGAUCGACAAUGAAGUGAAUCCGCGCCCUUGUCCCCCUUCCUCCUCCUGCAGUUUCCCCCUUUCCCAUGCGUACCUCACAGCCAUGAGGCGCCGUCGACUCUGCCGCAUCGUUCCGGAGCCCGCGGGCUCGAAUAGUCGCAGUGACAACCCGCCCGCCAAUUCCUUUGCCGCCGCCUGA